AUGCGGAAUUCGGGGAGGGCCCGGGCUCCGGGGCGGUGGGAGGAGGUCCAGCUCACAGGUCCUGACUGGGAACAAGUAGACAGGUCCUGGCAGCGGAGAGUUGUGUUCACGACAGCGCGGGGUAUACGCGGGUUUAACGCGAUGGAGUCGCGAGUCGCUGAUACCCAGGCCCGCGAGGCUGAGCGCGCUGCAGACGAGGGCCCAGCAAGCGGAGGUGCCUCUCAGAGGCUUCCAGGCUCGGAGCCCUUGGCAGCUGCCCGGUGGAAGCUUCUGCGGCAGGUUCUGAAGCAGAAACACCUGGAUGAUGGUCUGCGACAGGUAUCUGUUAGAAGAUUUGAAACAUUUAAUCUGUUUUCAGUAACAGAAGCCCAGAAAAGGACGACUGAAGACAAAGUCGGUGCCUGGAUCCAAUAUACAAGUGUCUUGUAUCCUGAGUACAGUAUUUCUUUAAGGCAUAAUAAUGGAUCUCUGAAUGUUGAAGAUGUUCUUACCAGCUUUGACAAUACAGGAAAUGUUUGCAUCUGGCCCUCUGAAGAGGUUUUGGCUCACUACUGCCUCAGGCAUAAUCGUGUAUUCAGGGACCUUGCUGUGUGUGAGCUAGGGGGUGGCAUGACAUGCUUGGCUGGGCUCAUGGUUGCUAUUUCUGCAGAUGUCAAAGAAGUUCUGUUAACUGAUGGGAAUGAAAAGGCCAUCAGAAACGUGAGAGACAUCAUCACAAGGAAUCAGAAGGCCGGUGUGUUUAAAACUCGGAAAAUAUCAAGCUGCGUUUUACGAUGGGAUAAUGAGACAGAUGUCUCUCAACUGGAAGGACAUUUUGACAUUGUUAUGUGUGCUGACUGCCUGUUUCUGGACCAGUACAGAGCCAGCCUUGUUGAUGCAAUAAAGAGAUUACUCCAGCCCAGAGGGAAAGCGAUGGUAUUCGCCCCACGCCGAGGGACUACUUUAAACCAGUUUUGCAGUCUAGCUGAAAAAGCUGAUUUCUCUAUCCAAAGACAUGAAAAUUAUGAUGAACACAUUUCAAACUUCCACUCCAAGUUGAAAAAGGAAAACCAGGAUGUAUAUGAAGAAAACCUUCAUUACCCGAUUCUGCUUGUGUUAACCAAAAAUGGAUAGAAGGUUAAGCUGCUCAAGACGAAGAAAACACCAAGUGCACAGGGGCUGUUUUCACAGAAACAGAAAUCUGUGAUUUUUUUUAAUCCUCCCUAAAGAGGCUCCCUGAGGCCCCCCGGGAUUUGCGAGCCCCCAACCACCUUUGCAGCAUUCCACAUGUGGGUUAUGAAGUCCACCUGUCCUCACUCGUGUUAUUUCCAGCCCUCCUGGACUCUUCUUUUUUGCAUCUGUGCUUCUCGUGCCAAACCUUUGUCUUCAAAUAUCUACAAACAGCCUGAGAUUUGAACGGGACUUGUGAGAAUCCUAACUAUUUUUCCUUUUGAGACAGAAUUUCUUUUGGUGAUUCCCAACCUCCCCCGCCCCCCACCCCCACCGCGUCCCUUUUUAGAACAUAUCUUGGUCUUUGUUUUGUUUUGGUGGUGGUAUUUUUUAAGCUGUAAACAGCGAACGUCACAAUUCCUUCCUGGUUCAAACAAGAAAUAAAUAAAGCAUAUCUUUCUCAUCUCCCUCAAA